GACGCUAGACGAAGGAAUUCAUUUAAGAACCAACCCGAGCUGUUCAAGUGGAAUUUGCUGAAGUUAGCGGAAGCCAUUCAAGAUGCAGUGCCUCUACAAGAAUCCAUCUCUUCUUUAGAAGAACGGUAGGUAUAUCGGUGCAUACAGUGUGAUGUGGUUUAAUUUUACCCUUGGUACAAAUUUUGUUUUGAUUCCUUUUCUUUUUGGAUAUGCUAAUAGCGUAAGGGAAUAAAAACAACGAUAGAAAAAGUUAAGCUUUGACCUACAAAUUGACAAACUUGUAGUAAAUGAGUAGAAGGACAAGGUUCCCGUUUCCCAGAUUUUGCUGACUUAUGAAAAACCGAAAUGGUAAAAAAAGAACGACACCAUGAGACACCAAUAAGGAGAAUACGGAAUGUUCUUCGUUUUGUUUACGCAUCCAAGCUUUCUUUUUUAUUUUGACAAACACAGGCACUGGCAAAUUAAAUACGGACGGUUUGCUGCGUCUUCAGCACAAAGAUCUGCAAAUAGGCUCGUCAAGGCUGCAGAAUUACGUGCGACGGUCAGAGAGUAGGCAAGCUCUUGACUUGGGACUUUGGGAAGUGUAUUCUCCCUUCGCUUUAUCUCGAGAGAACCUGCUAGUGAGAGGACCAGUUUCUUUAUAUCUUCUGAUUUUCUUUCAGAUUCCAUGCGGAGUUUGAGAACUGUUUCCUUGCAAAGAUGAGGUUGAAAGUGAGUCGUAGUAGUUUCUUAUUUGAAUGAUUUAUUUGAUUCAUAUGUCCAGGAACAGUUGACAUUAUCGCAUUUUAUUGUAAUUUCAGCUGGGCCUGGUAAAGAAAGAACUCCCAACGGACAAGUAAGUAAAUGGGAAUCUUUAUCGAAAAGCCACCGAAGCGAUCUCUGUGAAGAAGACAACGUUUUAACUGAAUUCCCGCCCAUUGUUUUAUUUAUAAUCACUGAAACAUAGGCACAUAUUCCCACCCUGACACUCGAAUGAGAAGGGGAAGGGCCGGGGACCGGGGACCGGGAGCAGGGGGCAGUAUGGUCGAGUGUCAGACUCGCUGUAUCGCUCUGACCACUAGCUGGUCUUGUCUGUUGAUAAUUCUGAGCCUUGUCUAGUUCUGGUGAGAUGGGCAAGAACUGGACUAUUCCUCGGCGGCGCGGCGGUAGCCAGAAGGUUUCCUCCGGACGGAGUGACAAUUGGGGUUCAGCUAAUGCAAUUCCACGGUAAACAAGACAUUUACUAUUUACCAAAGGGAAGGAGGAAGGUGGAGAAUCGAGCGUGCGAGGACGCGUAGGGCACCUGACUUGCUUUUUUUUCUCCCCUCCUUUUCAAGCAUCUUCUUACGCGGGCUUAAGGUGACUCGACCCAGUUUUUUUGGGGGGGGUACCAUCCUACUUUGAAGCUCUCUGGUAUCCCCACCUUUACUUUUAUCGUAAGUCUAACACAUAGAAUGGAUAACAUAUAGAUCAAUCUACAAUAUAACAUAAAAUUUUUGGCGAUCGGAGUAAAUGUCACGUGGUUAUAAUGCCACGCCCCUUUGAGGUCUGAGUCGAAAAUCUGCUGUUGCCGGCAUUUUUUCGUGAAAAUCUCUCGGCUACACAUAGUGCGCAUUAGUGCCUUGCGCUGAACAGAGUUUCACCAAAAUCGCAAAGACCCAAUUCGAGAAAUUCAGCGGUUUCCAAAUUUAGGUCAUAAUUUAUGCGAAAAUGAUAAGCAAACUUUACACGGAUUAUAUCUAAUAAACUAUGAGAUUCAUCUCUUUAUUUUGGGCAUCGUUAUAACAGAUGGGUCCUUGCAAGUCAGCAAAACGCUUUAGGGCCUUGUAAAUGCGCGCGAUUUCGAGCAAAGCAAACAUAUAGAAAUUAUAGUUUUCGCUAUUUGUUGACGUUUGUCAGCGUUUAAGAGUCCUUCUCACGAAAAAAGCAUUUUCUUAAAAAUUCGUAGUUUUUUUUCCUUCAAAUUUUUUCAGGGCCACAAUUGAUUAACUAACUACCCGGACUCUGAAUUUCAUGGUCAUUGAAAAACUGUGACAUUAUCUUCUAUAAGCCCAAACUUGAGUAAACAUUGAAGAUUUUUAGCGUUUUGGCUGAGUUUGUGCUUUGGGAGUUGUCUAUUGUUUCUAGUCUGUCAUUAUACAGCAUUCUUGUUCAGCACGCGUGCAAUGACCACGCUUGGCUGACUUCCGAAUGCUCACCGAGAUAUUCCCGUCACGAGUUGGUUUAAUUAUUGGCUUGCAUUAAACCUAUGAAAAAAUGAUAUUUUUUUAAUAGUAAGUAGAUUUAGUGUGUAGCACUUCUUGAUUUUUUUGCAAAGGCACAAGAAGCACGAGAAUUGAUUAAAAAUUGUGACUUAAACCUCUAUGUAUCACGCGAUGGCCUGUCUCACUGUACCAAAAUUAUUAUAUCUCGGUGAGCAUUCGGAAGUCAGCCAAGCGCGGUCAUUGCACGCGUGCUGAACAAGAAUGCUGUAUAAUGACAGACUAGAAACAAUAGACAACUCCCAAAGCACAAACUCAGCCAAAACGCUAAAAAUCUUCAAUGUUUACUCAAGUUUGGGCUUAUAGAAGAUAAUGUCACAGUUUUUCAAUGACCAUGAAAUUCAGAGUCCGGGUAGUUAGUUAAUCAAUUGUGGCCCUGAAAAAAUUUGAAGGAAAAAAAACUACGAAUUUUUAAGAAAAUGCUUUUUUCGUGAGAAGGACUCUUAAACGCUGACAAACGUCAACAAAUAGCGAAAACUAUAAUUUCUAUAUGUUUGCUUUGCUCGAAAUCGCGCGCAUUUACAAGGCCCUAAAGCGUUUUGCUGACUUGCAAGGACCCAUCUGUUAUAACGAUGCCCAAAAUAAAGAGAUGAAUCUCAUAGUUUAUUAGAUAUAAUCCGUGUAAAGUUUGCUUAUCAUUUUCGCAUAAAUUAUGACCUAAAUUUGGAAACCGCUGAAUUUCUCGAAUUGGGUCUUUGCGAUUUUGGUGAAACUCUGUUCAGCGCAAGGCACUAAUGCGCACUAUGUGUAGCCGAGAGAUUUUCACGAAAAAAUGCCGGCAACAGCAGAUUUUCGACUCAGACCUCAAAGGGGCGUGGCAUUAUAACCACGUGACAUUUACUCCGAUCGCCAAAAAUUUUAUGUUAUAUUGUAGAUUGAUCUAUAUGUUAUCCAUUCUAUGUGUUAGACUUACGAUAAAAGUAAAGGUGGGGAUACCAGAGAGCUUCAAAGUAGGAUGGUACCCCCCCAAAAAAACUGGGUCGAGUCACCUUAAGUGAACACGAAAAAUUUGCCAAUGAGCAUUAGUGUGAACUCUCUUGAUAAAUUUAAAGCUGUGGUACUUCCAGUUAUAAAGUUAUUGUUAUAACUUUUAGGAAAUAAUUUAUUUAUUAGUAUAUUCGUAUUUCAAAUUUCUAUAUUUAUACUUCAUAUAUUUAUAUGAACUUUUUAUUAAAAUAUUUUUGUUUCUUUCUUAUAAUAAUUAUAUGCGCAUAUUUUUAUAAUACUUUGUUUUUAUAACUCCUAGUAUAGUUUUAACGUUUUUAGGAUUACAUUGAUUAAAGGAUUAAUAGCCUGCAAAGCAGGCGUAUUUUGGAGCGGGAUCCAUGAAUUGUUUUCAGGAAUGACGUUGUCCCGCCAUCUUGGACGUUAAUACUACCAGAGAGUUGGGACGAGUCAAAAAGUGAUUUUAAGGGAGAGGUAGAUGGGUUUAAAAUAGGGGAGGGGGAGGGGACGAUCAAUGUACCUCCGAGCUUUCGUUAAAAAACGUCUGCUGCGCAGGCUAGUGUCUCCCUCGCGUGCGUCUGUUCUCUCUAUCGCCCAGUACUUCCAAGCGCCUGCUACGCAGGCUAAAUCCAAAAAGGCAUAUGUUCAUGACUUCAAUUUUAUAACGAGAUUAUUCGUAUCAUCUAAGAAUAACUUACACAAAACCCGGAGAAUUGAGGGCACGAACGUUUACACACCCUGUGAUUUAGGGACCAGCCAGUUGGAGCGGGGGUGGAGGAGAAAUUGGGGGGCCUUCAAUUUUUUUUGGAUGGAAUAUGGGGGGCCUUAAAAUGCCAAAAGAUGAACUUGGGGAGGUCUUCAAGUUUAUUUUAAGUGGCAUCCCUACUGAGCAGCAUGAUGCUUGAGUAUUAAAGGACCUGAUUUUGAUUCAGUUUUACACAAAGUCCUAUAUUGUGUAAUACUAAAACAAUUUAAUCAUUAUUUUGAUAAAAAGAUUUAAUGCUCAAAUAGUAGGUGCAUCAACACAACAUCCAUUAUUACUUGUGUAACACUGAAACAAUUUCAUCGGCAUAUUAACAAAUGAUUACAUGCAUAAAGUCAUGUUAUGCAAUCUUACUAUCCGAAUCAUUAUUUGUAGAUGAGGUUGAUGUGGACUCACUGUCUGUGUCACUGUCAAGUUUUUGGCCAUUAGAGAAUGUACUGCUCACAUAAAAAGCAGUGAGCUUUGCAUGAAGCUUUAAAAAGCAGUGAGCUUUGAACAUGCUUCCCGCAUAGCUUCACUGUACAUCUUUUUCACCGAAAAAAAGCACUGUUAUCUCUAUUGUAAAAGGUUAAAGGGGCUGUGUCACAGCAGUCCAGUUCAUUUUGUUUAAUUUAAUAUUGAAGAAAUCUCGUACUCGUAGUCGUACUUGUCUCAGAAGAAGGUCUGAAUGGGGUUUAAUGUUUAGUGUUACAGUCGACUCCCGAUAUCUCGAACCCUCACAAACUCGAACCUCGCGCUAAUUUGAACCAAAAUCGAUUUCCCAUGGAUUUCCUUCAUACAUUCACUAUAAUUUUACCCUCGGUAACUCGAACCCUCGAUAACUCGAGCCUCCCGCUAACUCGAAGUAAUUUUUGUUUCCCUUCAGAUCAUUCCUGUAUAAAUUUACCCUCGAUAACUCCAACCAUGCUUUAAGCGCCUGAAAAGUAGAAAAAGUGUACUACAGUCUAAAAUAUUGAAAUAUUUUAACAACCAUGCAUUCUUUGUCUUUACUCUUUUGUUAGUCUAGUUUAAAUACAGUGUCCAGCACUGUGUAUUUUUCAAGCUUUGAAGUGUGGAUGUUGCUUGCAUGAUUUCCCAUGCCAUUUCCUCCUUUCCGGUUAGUUGCUUCGUACUCCCGAUAACUCGAACUUCUGGUAACUCGAUCUUUUCUCGAUUUCCCUUUAAAUUAAGGUUCGAGUUAUCGGGAGUUGACAGUAUUUUCCCACAAUUUUUAGUGUUUGCUGUUUCCGAAGAAAGUACUGUUGAGUGUUUGGAGGGUUCUUCGGCAAUGGUCGGACCUUUUCAUUACUCUUCGGUAGUUUUCGGGAAUCUUCGGUAGCCUUCGGAAAUAAAUUCUCGUAAAAUGGCCGAAAACUGCUGGAUAUACUAACCAAAAUAAUAUUGGCCUUUUUGGAGCCGUUUUUGCUUCUCUCUGUAAAAAAAUUUACUGUUUCAAAUAUUUUUGCCUAAAAUUUAACUGUUUCUUAUUACAAAGCCAAAAAAGGAAGUGCUUAGUGCUAUCGAGGUACCCCUAUUCUGACCCUCUUGGAAUUUUAAGGUGGUUGAACACAGUUUUGGCAGUUUGUGAGUAUAUGUCAUUUGCCAAAUCAUGGCAAGAGAAAGGUUGCAGCUCACAAGCUGAAACUUGGCAAGUGAAAAAUAUACUGAUGCAAGAUUUUGAUUGACAGGUAAAACUUGACGUUUUCGCAGUUUCCAUGGCAACAUGAAUGAUUGAAUACAACCUUAAAAUUUCACUUUUCUUCAGUUUACAUAAAAUUCGCUCAUUAGAUUUUCCUAUAAACUUGCACACAGCCUACUAUAACUAAUCAUUACCAGUUGAAACUUAUUUGAUCAAAUUUUAACAGACGGACUUUUAGAUAAUCAAUAAUAUAAUUGUAUUGUAAUUAUUAAAUGUGUCACGAAAUUCGUCUGUUCAACUUCCAUUUUAAUGUUUUCAUUAUCUAAAAUACGAUAAAAGUAACAAUUUUGCCAAAUAUCACAAAAUUUUAAUGAGUAGAUUUUGAGAAAUCGUCUUCUGUGUACCAUUGCUUUUUCGCCGCCAUGUUUGUUUGUCUAAUUAAAAACACGCGCGCUCAUGCGAGUUACCGCUGACCGCCCGCAAAACUGUGUUCAGCCACCUUAAGGUCUCCAAUGUUUUCUUUCCGCUUUGCUUUUAUUGGGAGGUCAUGAAGUCGGUUACUGUUCAUUCAGUAGUUGCCUUGGUUUUUUAUCCUUUGCUGUAUCAUAAAUUGACCUUGGAUCAGUAGCUGAAGGUGUCAGUUUUUCCUUUCUUGAGGUCCUGCCAGGCGGGGGGGGGGGUCGCUCGUCUGAAAUUUAAAACGUCUUGUGUCGGUGUUUAUGAUGCUUCAUGUCGCUGUCGAAAAUGGAACGAAAAUUCUUUGUCUUUGUCGGAAUUUUAGAAAAGGGGAUAGAGAUGCGUUGUAAAGAAACUAUUACGGUUCUGCAAUUUCUCAGUUAACGUGCCGCGUCUAUAUAUCGCCAUUCACAAUUGAGUGAUCCACGUUCAACAUUUUAAGACUAAAGGUGGAUUUCCACUGUAGCUUAAUUUUUCCGUGCGUACGCACGUAAUUUUUAAGCGCGUAAAAAAAUAGAGGCUAUAUAUGAAAGGCCACGCAUAAACGUAAACGUUGAACCUCGCUCAACUCUUACGUUUACGCGUGGCCUUUCAUUCAUUGCCUCUAUUUUAUUUACGCGCGUAAAAUUUACGUGCGUUCGCACGGAAAAAUUACCCGUCAGUGGAAAUCAACCCUAACUGACCUGUUAAAUCGUGAAGGCACAGUGGUCUACUCUGAGAGCGGUUGGAAGGUGGGUGGUUAGGUUACCUGGCCCGUGGUCUCUCCACCGUCGUCACCGCCGUGUUGCUUACAUUAAGGUGGCUCGAACCAGUAUUUUUAUAGGCACAUCCUCCAUCUUUGAAUCUUUUUUACUUAAACAAAUCGAUCUGUAUUGUAAAACGAUCAUAACACAUGGAUUACACUUAGAAUAAAGUUUAUUAUGGUAUUAUUUGUUUGGCGAUCGGAAUAAAUGUCACGUGCAAUGAGGUCACAAUGGUUUUAGCUCUAAAUCGAAUUUCAGCCCUGUUGGGCAUUUUCUGUUGAAACGCUUUACGCUACGUAUUCUUUGGAUAAAUGUCUUCUGCUGGGCAAAGUUUCACAAAAAUCUAUAGGAGGAAUUUCGAGAUAUCUCGGAAUUUCUAUAAAAAGGGUAUAAAUUAUGCAUACUCUGAAGACUGGACUUAAGGUGACUCGACCCAGUUUUUUGGGGGGAGUACCAUCCUACUUUGAAGCUCUCUGGUAUCCCCGUCUUUACUUUUAUCGUAAGUCUAACACAUAGAAUGGAUAACAUAAAGAUCAAUCUACAAUAUAACAUAAAAUUUUUGGCGAUCGGAGUAAAUGUCACGUGGUUAUAAUGCCACGCCCCUUUGAGGUCUGAGUCGAAAAUCUGCUGUUGCCGGCAUUUUUUCGUGAAAAUCUCUCGGCUACACAUAGUGCGCAUUAGUGCCUUGCGCUGAACAGAGUUUCACCAAAAUCGCAAAGACCCAAUUCGAGAAAUUCAGCGGUUUCCAAAUUUAGGUCAUAAUUUAUGCGAAAAUGAUAAGCAAACUUUACACGGAUUAUAUCUAAUAAACUAUGAGAUUCAUCUCUUUAUUUUGGGCAUCGUUAUAACAGAUGGGUCCUUGCAAGUCAGCAAAACGCUUUAGGGCCUUGUAAAUGCGCGCGAUUUCGAGCAAAGCAAACAUAUAGAAAUUAUAGUUUUCGCUAUUUGUUGACGUUUGUCAGCGUUUAAGAGUCCUUCUCACGAAAAAAGCAUUUUCUUAAAAAUUCGUAGUUUUUUUUCCUUCAAAUUUUUUCAGGGCCACAAUUGAUUAACUAACUACCCGGACUCUGAAUUUCAUGGUCAUUGAAAAACUGUGACAUUAUCUUCUAUAAGCCCAAACUUGAGUAAACAUUGAAGAUUUUUAGCGUUUUGGCUGAGUUUGUGCUUUGGGAGUUGUCUAUUGUUUCUAGUCUGUCAUUAUACAGCAUUCUUGUUCAGCACGCGUGCAAUGACCACGCUUGGCUGACUUCCGAAUGCUCACCGAGAUAUUCCCGUCACGAGUUGGUUUAAUUAUUGGCUUGCAUUAAACCUAUGAAAAAAUGAUAUUUUUUUAAUAGUAAGUAGAUUUAGUGUGUAGCACUUCUUGAUUUUUUUGCAAAGGCACAAGAAGCACGAGAAUUGAUUAAAAAUUGUGACUUAAACCUCUAUGUAUCACGCGAUGGCCUGUCUCACUGUACCAAAAUUAUUAUAUCUCGGUGAGCAUUCGGAAGUCAGCCAAGCGCGGUCAUUGCACGCGUGCUGAACAAGAAUGCUGUAUAAUGACAGACUAGAAACAAUAGACAACUCCCAAAGCACAAACUCAGCCAAAACGCUAAAAAUCUUCAAUGUUUACUCAAGUUUGGGCUUAUAGAAGAUAAUGUCACAGUUUUUCAAUGACCAUGAAAUUCAGAGUCCGGGUAGUUAGUUAAUCAAUUGUGGCCCUGAAAAAAUUUGAAGGAAAAAAAACUACGAAUUUUUAAGAAAAUGCUUUUUUCGUGAGAAGGACUCUUAAACGCUGACAAACGUCAACAAAUAGCGAAAACUAUAAUUUCUAUAUGUUUGCUUUGCUCGAAAUCGCGCGCAUUUACAAGGCCCUAAAGCGUUUUGCUGACUUGCAAGGACCCAUCUGUUAUAACGAUGCCCAAAAUAAAGAGAUGAAUCUCAUAGUUUAUUAGAUAUAAUCCGUGUAAAGUUUGCUUAUCAUUUUCGCAUAAAUUAUGACCUAAAUUUGGAAACCGCUGAAUUUCUCGAAUUGGGUCUUUGCGAUUUUGGUGAAACUCUGUUCAGCGCAAGGCACUAAUGCGCACUAUGUGUAGCCGAGAGAUUUUCACGAAAAAAUGCCGGCAACAGCAGAUUUUCGACUCAGACCUCAAAGGGGCGUGGCAUUAUAACCACGUGACAUUUACUCCGAUCGCCAAAAAUUUUAUGUUAUAUUGUAGAUUGAUCUAUAUGUUAUCCAGUCUAUGUUGUAGACUUACGAUAAAAGUAAAGGUGGGGAUACCAGAGAGCUUCAAAGUAGGGUGGUACCCCCCAAAAAAAACUGGGUCGAGUCACCUUAAGCAGCCUGUAUUAACCCUAAUCAUUAUCUUAAAACGCUUCACGUAGUCUUUGUUAGUUUGAAACAAUUUUGUAAUUUUUACCCAGACUUGACUUGCUUCCAAUGAGAAAGAAAGACAAGCAUUUCUUGUUUUAAUUAAAUUAAUAAGCAUUUUGUUCUUAGGAAUGUUAUCACAUCUCUUUUUGAUACCAUGGAACAAACCGGGGCAGACUUCACAAACACCUUCAGAUGUCUUUGCCGAGUAUCACCAUCAAGUUGCACUUCAACAGAAAGCGGGUUAGAGCUUUUCCUUUCCUCCCUGUUUGUUUUUCCUUUUGCAGUCUAAUUUUUCUGUCUGUGAAUUAUCAAGUUUUCCCGGGAGCGCUGUCUCCUACAACCAACCAGAAGUGUUUCAUAUUUGAGUCCUUAAACAAAGAAGUCUGUUGUCCUCUUUAAUAAUAAUAAUAAUAAUGGAAUUUAUAUAGCGCUUAUACAUCGCUGUUCUAAGCGCUUUACAAUCUAAAAAAGGACAUAAGAAUAUCAUUGAGCACAAGCUUACAUUUAACCCUACUGUACAUAUUGGGAAAUUUAUAGCAUACACGUCUUAAAAAGGGAAGAAAAAAAAACCAAAUACGAUGAAACUAAAUGUCAUAUACCUUUUUAAAAAGAAACGUUUUCAACUUAGAUUUAAAAAGAUUAACAUCAGAACAAGCUCGAAUUUCAAAGGAGAGAUUGUUCCAUAGUCGGGGGGCAGCAACGGAAAACGUUCGCUGGCCAUAAGUUUUCGCGUAGAAAACAGCCUUGUCACUUUGGAAAUUAAUUCUAGCUUCUUAUAGUCGCACAUUUAGUGACUGAAAGUACAUAUCAUGAAAAACAGUGGCAUUUUGGGUGUUGGAUUGAUUGUUGUUAGGCCCAAAUCAUCGUUUUGUUUGAAAAAUACAGAUUUAUGGAACAUAUGACUGCUCCAACUUCAUCUAACACCUUUGGACCAGUUUUAAAACCUUUUUGAUUGGUGUUCGAUGAUGUGGGAAGGUGCUGAAUGUUUUUGGUGUUGGAUCAGAAUUGAUUUAGUAAAGACUGGUUAGGCCAGUUUAAACAAUUUCACCUCUAUGCAACAAUGUUUGAUGAUGUUGGACCAGCGUUGUUAGAUCCUGUUUAUUUGUACCUUAACAUCAGUACUGUUGUAGUGAUCUUGUUAACAGUUCAUUUUCAAUGUACUUCUCAUCCUUUUUCUUAGUGAUGAAGACGUGGUAGAGUAUUUGGUAUCUCAGUGCGUCUCACUUCAAGGGAUGAUAAAAACCACUUCAAACUUUGUAGAAUGGAGGUCAGUCUUUUUAUAGUCCUUAACAAUAUCAUGAAUAAAGCGAUGGUUUAGGUAUUAGCGAAUGAUUUGUUUUGUCGAGGCGUUUGUGAGCCCAUCAACAUAAAGCCUUAACCACGUCACACAUCAGCUGAGAAGUCUGAGCAGCUAACAUGCAGUUCUCAACAGUUCUCAGUGCUUUCAAUUUUCCGGGAAAAAACGCAGCGUCUGAAACUUGCAAGUGUGGUAAUUUUUGAAUAGGAUAAAACUUUGUUCAUUUUUGUUUUAAAUUUUUUGAUUUUUGAAUAAUUGAUGAAUGAGCUACUGCAAAGGGAUUCGAGAGCGGACGUUUUCGUAGCCAGUUCCAGGCGUUAAGGAGCGAGUAAAAACCUACGCGGCGAAAACUAGGGGAAAAUCGACGAGAAGGCUAGGACUAGUCUCCCCUCGGUUGUUUUCCUCGUCAAUUUUUCGCCCGCUAUUAACUAUCUGAUCGCCUGGAACAAGCUAACGUUUUCGCCCUGAUAAACACUCGCAGGAUCCGUUGUUUCUGACUGGUUGAGGAAGGUACUCAUUCAGUAAAGCAAAAAUAGCGUCCGAAAGCCAAAACGAAAAAACGUUCCGCACGCAAUUGAAAACCACUCACUCUCCCUCUUACUAACUUGUUCCUUGUAUUGAUUUUCAGUCAACUGAUGGAAAUGUCUCGUGAGGUUUGGCAGUCAAGUCCAAAUGUGAUAUCUCAGUUACAAAUGGAAGCUGAAAAGCAUCGAAAAGAUGACCAAGAACGCAAGGAAAAAGUGCGAAAACUUAAGGUUCGUCCUUAAUAGGAUACAAGAUGCCCUGUAUUUGACGUAUUCUUUGGGACGUGUAAGCGUUUCAUACUUAAAGUCUUUGAUUUAAUUCUGAGGUUCUACAUUCAAAACAUUGUGUUUGUAAGUCUCUUUUUAUACAGCCAAAAAUGGCGUAUGUCAGUAGUCCCCACCUCACUCAUGUGAUCCCCGGCUUCCGGCGGGGUAGAAGUUUGCUUUUUUUUUGCUUUGUUUUGGUACAACAAAAAAAUGGAUAACGGAGAAAUAAGUUUGAGAGAACCUGCAGUGGAAUAGCAAGCCAUCCAGGAGGGAAAAUGUUGGGAGUGUAACGCAAUACUCGUGGGUGCCCUGUGGUGUAUGUCUAAUACUAAGGAUUUGCACAUUUUCCCAUGAGUGACAUUGUCAUCGUACAACAGGGAACACCAAAAGAGCAAAUUACACAUGGGCUGACUUUAAAAAAAAUAACAAGUACUUCUAUUAUAGUCUCGAAGGGAGCUUAACUAACUGAAUUGACUUUUCUCAGAUGUUAACUCAAGAAGAAAAAGAGAAAAACGACAGAAAGUUAUGGAAAGAAUGGAUCCGAGAAUAUAAGUAAGUUGUUUCUAUUUACUUUUGCAAUGGCGGGACUGAUAGCGAUUAUAUAAACUGCCAACUGGGACUGCAAGCAGUGAUUCAGCGCCCACAGUGCCUGUUUUGUCAAGCAGCCAUUGUUAUCAUAAUUACAUCUUUGUUUUUCUCCAGAGUUCGCCUUGAUCAGGAGUUCGAUGGGCAGCAGAAUUCAGAUCAGGUAAAACAAUGUCGUUAUUAGGCUCUUUCCUCUUUUAGGUCUUGGGAGUCACGUGAGGCGCAUGAAGGAGAGACCCUGAAUAGCAAGGUGCUGGAAAGGAAUUGAACUUGGAAUCGAGGCUUUUGGACUAUCAAAUAAGAAUUCUGCUGUUUUUAUGACUAUUUUGUUAAGGCAGACUAAUUAGUCCACUUCGUGCCUUUCAGAUUACAUUAUUGUAUGGAUUACACAGAGGUAGGUUGACUAUUCUCGUCACUAUUGACUUUUUUUUCCUUACAUAGGUUAAUAACGAACGAAUCAGGAUAAUGAACUCAAACAAUCCAAGGUAGGUUAAUGCUUUGGGGAUAUAUAUGUUUGUGUAUAUUACCAGGUAUAUAUUCGUUGAUCUAAUCACUUAAUGGCAGGGUGUUUUCUCUCCAGACUCCGGUUAGAGGAGACACUACAGAUUUAGCUAGCUUCUUCAAUUUGUGCUGGUCUCAACUGAGCGGUUUUGUUGGAAGACACUGAAAAUGCAGUUUCGUGAUGCCCUCUUUUGAAACUCUAUCUUAGUUUAUUGACUUUCAGAGUGACCAAAGAACCCCCUGAGUCAUAGGAGAAGAGGUUACGGAGGGAUUGGCAGGUUAUACCCCGGCCUGACUGUCUCCUGAACUCAUGUAUUUUAUCGUGUUAUCAUAUUAUUACCCGGGACGAUCCCGCAAGCAAUUUCGUUGGAAAACCAUAUAAAAAAAGUCCCGUAUCAGGGCCGUACGCGUCAAGUGAUAGGGUCGGAAAAACGUGUACGGCCCUGCUCGAAAAGCUUAAUGAUCGAUGCGGACUCGCUUCGUCAGAAAAAUUCAAGAACAUAACGGUCAUAUGAUAAAAUGCUUAUGAGUUAGAUUGGGCCGGGUCCGUGCCUCCUGACGAGAGCCAAAUAUUUUCCCGUCUGGCCCUUCUACUCAGUCAGUAAGUAUAUAUCAUUUACCAAAAGCAAAUGUACAGGAGAAGAAUUAUUAUGAUCCAGGUUUUCUAAGUUGGGGAAUGUUGAACUACAUACCCAGAGUAGGUGUUACUGAGGUACUAGAAACUUUUGUAAUCGGGGAUUUGCGAUAAAUGUUAAAGGCAGCUUAUCAGUCUUAACUGUUGUGCAUUUCCUCUUUAGACUUAUUUUAAGAAAUUACAUCGCUCAGAAUGCAAUAGAGGCAGCGGAAAAUGGAGAUUUCACUGUGGUAAGGAGAUCGUGAUAAUGUAAUUACAAUUACCGGAAGUAUUUCUUGAAACUACAUAUAUUGUCAUAUUAUAUGUUGUGGAGCAUUUAGUGUCAUGGCUUUGCUAACGGAUGAAAAAAAUUAAAAAGGAGAUAAUGAAAUAACAACCACAACUCGCCGAACUGCGCGCUAUACUUGUUUGACUUUUUGUGUUAAUUUACUUUUAAUUUCUUGUUUGAUUUGCUUUCGCCUGCGCGCAAGAAUAGUACCAAUUUGUUAUUAUCUAUUUUUUUCCUUUGUUGGUUGCAACGCUUAAACCCUUGGAAUGAUACAUACCUUUAAUUCACCUGGAUGAGGGAAACGUGAAUGGUUUUACAGGGCCUAGAAAGUAAUUUGUGGAUUCAGUACGUAUUUUAUAAUUUCAAUUGAUUAAAAUACUGUUUUACAGGUACAAAAUCUCCUCAGGCGUUUGGAGACACCAUACAGUGAAGAUACUGAACUUCAGAAGGCCAUAUUUCCUCAGAGGAAAUCUAUUGAAUCUUCCCGCACAUCUCACCACACCCCAGCACUGUUUAACAUCUCUGAUCCGCUUGAGAUGUAUCUUGAUAAACCACCAGAUGACGCGCUUAACAUGAGACUUACGUGA